AUGGUUUUCGGUUUCGGUAAAGACGACGACAAAGACAAGAACGACAGAAGAGAUAACGAUUCUUACGGAUCUUCUAACAGAAGAAACAACGACGACUCUUAUGGAUCUUCUUCAUUUGGCUCUUCCAAUGACGAUGACAACUCUUACGGUUCUUCCAACAAGAGAAGUAACGAUUCAUAUGGUUCCUCCAACACUGAUUCCUACGGUUCCUCCAACAGAAGAGACAAUGAUUCAUAUGGUUCAUCUAACAAUGAUUCCUAUGGUUCCUCCAAGACCGACUCAUAUGGCUCUUCUAACAGAAGUGGCAAUGAUUCCUACGGAUCUUCUAACAAUGAUUCUUAUGGCUCUUCUAACAGAAAAGGUAACGACUCAUAUGGCUCCUCAAACACUGACAGUUACGGUUCUUCCAAUACUGACUCAUAUGGAUCUUCUAACACUGACUCCUAUGGCUCUUCCAACAAAAGAGGUAACGACUCAUACGGUUCUUCUAAUGAUGACUCUUAUGGUUCUUCUAAUGAUGACUCUUAUGGUUCUUCUAAUAGAAGAGGUAAUGAUUCCUACGGUUCUUCAAAUGAUGAUUCAUACGGUUCCUCAAACAGAAGAGGUAACAGUGACUCCUAUGGAUCUUCUGACUAUUAA